AGCAACAAGAACAUAUAUCCAUAUUUGCAUACGAGAAAAGCUAUCUAAAGCUUAAAAAGUCAUGAACACACUACUCUCUUCGCAAAAACUACCUCUUCAAUUCCCAAAGCCAUAUCAAUGGAGUCCGGGAAUAACAGUAAUUCACCCCAUAACCAUGCAAAAACUGAUAAACCUUCCAUCAAACACAUGGAAGCUACACGCCAAUGCCAAGGGCUUUGGCGCCAGAACACCAGCCACCAUAAAGGAAAGUGCCAUUAACAACAACAACAACAAUAAUAGAACUGAAGACGGCCAUCUUCCGCAGGUAGUUUUGGAAAGAAUGAUAGUGAGAAUUUUGGUGGCUGUUGGGGUGCCACUGGCUACUGGUAUAGCAUUGCUCCACUUAUUUGGUAUGGUGAAGGAGCAGAAGCUAUGGGAUGUGCCAUUAUGGCUUCCAUUUUUGACAACUUUGUUAACUUUUGGAAUGUCUGCGCUUGGGAUUGCUUAUGGGUCACUUUCCACCAGCUGGGAUGAAGAGAAGAAGGGCUCUGUGCUUGGACUUGAAGAAGCUAAGCAGAAUUGGGUUGAGAUGUGGAAAGAAGAAAACGAUGAUGCCUGAAGAAUUGCAAGUAUAAUGUCUUGCACCUUUUCUGAAACAUAGCCAUGUGAACAUUUUCUACCCUUCAGAAGAGUCAAUUUCUCGAUUCAGUUGUUGCUUUCUUCAUGUAAUGCUUGUUAAAAUGUUAUUGUAAAGUUUUCAGUUUUCUCUGUAGGUAAAGUUUUCUCCGUAGAUUGAUUUUCUCAAUCUACUUUAUAUACUGUUUCAUUCCAAAAAUUUGGGAAAUUUGAAGAAUAAGACAUUAUUUUA